AAGCGCGAUGAACACAAGCGCAAGAGUCCCGACGUUCCCGUCAACUUCUCCGAGUUCUCCAAGAAGUGCUCCGAGCGAUGGAAGACCCUGAGCGCUUCAGACAAGACCAGGUUCGAAGACAUGGCCAAAGCGGAUAAAGUUCGCUACGACAGGGAGAUGAAGAAUUACGUGCCGCCCAAAGGCGUGGGCAAGACGGGCAGGAAGAAGAAGGAUCCCAACGCCCCGAAGCGCCCCCCAUCUGCGUUCUUCAUCUUUUGCUCGGAGUACCGGCCGACGGUGAAGAGCGAGAACCCGAGUCUGUCCAUCGGUGAGAUCGCCAAGAAGCUGGGCGAGAUGUGGUCGAAGCAGAGCACCAAAGACCGCGGGCCGUUCGAGCAGAAGGCCGUCAAACUGCGCGAGAAAUACGAGAAGGAGGUUGCGGCGUAUCGCGCAGGGGGCGUGGCCUCUAAGAGGGGGCCGGGCCGGCCGACGGGAUCGACUAAAAAGGCCCAGGCCGACGACGACGACGGUGAUGACGAUGAUGAAGACGACGAGGAUGAGGACGAUGAUGACGACGACGAUGAUGAUGAUGACGAGUAGAGAGUUGCAGCUUCACUGAUGAGACGGGCGAAGGGUUAACUUGGGCUUUUUCUUUGUGUACAUGUUUAACGAUUCCAGCAAUAACGCAACUGUUCGGUUUUGGGGUUUUUUGUUUGGGGUUUUGUUCUUUUAGAUUUCUUUUUAUUUUUGUACACGUGUAAGCUGUUGAUUCAAUAAAGUGUAGAGGUGCUUUUUUUUUUUUUUUAUAAUAAAUUUUAAAAAGUUGA